CUCCUUCUUGUUUUUGUUUUUUCUUCUUCUUUCUCAUUACCAUUAACUAAUUACAGAAAAAAAGAAAAGAAAUGACGGUAUCGACAUUACCUACUAAUACAAAUAACCAAGAGGACUUUGCUAGCCCUACUUCGCUCUAUACAUGUGGUUUUGAGAAACUUGUUAUCAGUUCAAGUGCAACACAUAAAGCCCCUGAGAAUGUUACUCAAAAUAGCAAUUACAGUGUACAAAAGAAGCCAUUGAUCUAUUCAGCUCAAGAAACUAAUACUGUACAACCUACUAGAUCUAACUCAACAACCAUGACUUCAAUUUCUUAUCAUCCAAACAAUAGUACCAGUAACCUUAGCGUCAUGAGUAACAAUGGUCUGUAUGCCUUACAUAAUAACAGUGCACCUACUCUUAAUAACAAUGACCCACUUUCUUUUCAACAAAAAAGCCCUUUUUUACAACACAGCAUGAUUCAGAAACCACCUACUUCGCCUUCGUUUCAACAUGCUAUUCCGCAAAUGCAAUAUUCUCCUUCUUAUCAACACAGUGCACUUCCUCCACAACAAGCACAGUUUCAUCAUAGCGGUAUGAACAGACCACCACCAUCACCUCAACAACACAGACAAGGUAUACUAACGCAAUAUCCUAUGAUGCCACCACAAGCUAGACCUAUGCCACUACAAAUAAAUUAUAAUAGACCACCUCCACCACCCAAUAACCCAGCGUAUUAUUCGCAAUGUCCUCCUCAACAAAGACCAAUGAUGAUGUCUGCACCAGUUCCUCCUCCAAUGCCGCCACAAACAUUUGGACAUGUCAAUUUAGCACCAACAGUUGCUCCUUCUAUCGCGGACGGUAAUUAUUUAUCAGACAGUUCACUUUCAGUGGCCAAUUCAGCCGGCAAACAAGCUAAGAAAAGUCAAUUCCCACCUGUCACUAAAGAGAACAUAACAAAGUUUCGAAAUGAAGUUAUGAACAGCAAUGAUCCUCGUCUGAUGCUGGAUUUUGCUAAAUACUUGAUGGAAGCUUCUCCUCAAUUAACUGCAAGUGAUCCCAAAUACACAAAAAAGCUGCGUGAGGCCAUGGUGAUGGAAGCUCAGAAAAUUGUAAAGAAAUUAGCAACUCAUUCAGGUAUGGGGAAGCAAGGUUAUGCUGAAGCCCAAUUCUUUUUGGCCAAUUGUUAUGGUACGGGUGAUAUGGGCCUUCAAACGGAUGCCGAAAAAGCCUUCUCCCUUUAUGUUCAAGGAUCAAAGCAAAACCAUCCUAGUUGUACGUACCGUGCUGGUGUGUGUUAUGAAGUAGGUGCUGGUACAAAACGAGAUAAGAAUCAUGCGAUUCAGUUCUACCGAAAAGCUGCCAAUUUAGGAGAUCAAGUUGCCAUGUAUAAAUUGGGAAUUAUUCUAUUAAAAGGAUUUCUCAGUCAGCCAAAGAAUCCUCGUGAAGGCAUUUCCUGGCUUAAACGUGCAGCUCAACAAGCGGACGAAGAUCAUCCACAUGCACUCCAUGAGUUGGGUUUAGCCUAUGAAAAGGAAGGCAUUCCUUCAGUUAUUCCGGAUUUAAAUUAUGCUCGUGAAUUGUUUACCCAAGCAGCUCAGUUUGGUUAUGCUCCGUCUCAAUUCAAGUUGGGUUUGGCCUAUGAAAACGGGUUCCUUAACUGUCCUGUUGAUCCUCGGCGCUCAAUUGCGUGGUACUCAAAAGCUGCCGAACAAGGAGAUGUAGAAGCUGAAUUUGCUCUUUCAGGAUGGUAUCUGACUGGUGCAGAAGGUAUCUUGCCACAGAGUGAUAAGGAAGCGUACUUGUGGGCACGUAAAGCAGCUGACAGAGGAAAUGCAAAGGCAGAAUAUGCAGUGGGGUAUUAUACAGAAACAGGUACAGGUACCAAGCAAAACUUAGAAGAAGCAAAGCGCUGGUACAUGCGUGCUUCUGCUCAAAACUAUCGUCGAGCCACUCAGCGCUUAACUGAAUUAAAGUACGGUAAUAUAGGGCCUCACCAAAGAAAAAGACAUACUCGAGAAAACAAUACUUCUUCAAAUGCAAAGGAUUCUGAGUGUAGUAUUAUGUGAUAGAAAGAAAAAACAGACAUUUAUUAAUAAACUACUAAUAACCAAAAU